UUGGCUAACCCCAGUGGUUGAUGGAAGCAGUUCCCAGGUACUGCAUUCUUGUGGAUUGUGGGUUCUGUGUUCCAGGACAGCUGGGGAUGUGGCUCUCAGAUUCCUCUUUCACAGUAUCCUGGGUCAGUUUUCAAUGGGCUCUGAUUCAGUCUUUAGUUCCACUGAAUUUUCAGUUGGGAAUUAUUUACUAAGAGGAGAAAGCUACAUAGUGUGACGCAUUUGGGGACCUUGUUUGAAAUCAGAAUGUUGGCUGUUUGUUGAUUUUCGGGGAUUGAGAGCCAGGGGUGAAGGUUUGUUUGGACAUGGGACUGCAUCCCUAGCCGGUGCCUGUGCCUGGGCUCCAAGAGUUAACUGCUGCAAGCAGUGACGUUUGUCCUGAUCUUUGCUCCUCGGCUCUUGAGCAACCUGAUACUGCCGCUGCUGGGGCCUGUGCUCAUUGGCUGCUGGCUGCACUUAGAGUGGGCGGGUUUUCUAUUAAGUAAAAGGGCAGGACUUAAGCAGCCAGUGUCAGCUGAGGCAAGACAUAUCUUGUGCCACUUUCCUGGGAACCCCGGCAUUUCCCACUCUUGACUUCUGCCGGCACUUGCUCACAGUGGUGGCUGAGCACCCGGUUUCGCCAGCAUGCUCUGCCUGUGCUUGUAUGUGCCGGUCAUUGGGGAGGCCCAGACGGAAUUCCAGUACUUUGAAUCCAAGGGACUUCCCGCAGAGCUGAAGUCCAUCUUCAAACUCAGUGUCUUUAUCCCCUCGAAGGAGUUCUCCACCUACCGCCAAUGGAAGCAGAAAAUUGUGCAAGCAGGUGACAAGGACCUUGAUGGGCAACUGGACUUUGAAGAGUUCGUACAUUACCUCCAAGAUCACGAGAAAAAGCUGAGGCUGGUGUUCAAGAGUCUAGACAAAAAGAAUGAUGGACGAAUCGAUGCUCAAGAGAUCAUGCAGUCCCUGCGGGACCUGGGUGUCAAGAUCUCUGAACAGCAGGCAGAGAAGAUUCUUAAGAGAAUACGAACGGGCCACUUCUGGGGCCCUGUCACCUACAUGGAUAAGAAUGGCACGAUGACCAUCGACUGGAAUGAGUGGAGGGACUACCAUCUCCUGCACCCCGUGGAGAACAUCCCGGAGAUCAUCCUGUACUGGAAGCACUCAACGAUCUUCGAUGUUGGUGAGAAUCUGACAGUCCCAGAUGAGUUCACAGUGGAAGAGAGGCAGACAGGGAUGUGGUGGAGGCACCUGGUGGCCGGAGGUGGCGCGGGGGCAGUUUCCAGAACCUGCACUGCCCCGCUAGACAGGCUGAAGGUGCUUAUGCAGGUCCAUGCCUCCCGCAGCAACAAUAUGUGCAUCAUAGGCGGAUUCACACAGAUGAUUCGAGAAGGGGGCGCCAAGUCUCUCUGGCGGGGCAAUGGUAUCAACGUCCUCAAAAUUGCCCCUGAGUCAGCCAUCAAAUUCAUGGCAUAUGAGCAGAUGAAGCGCCUUGUGGGUAGUGAUCAGGAGACACUGAGGAUCCAUGAAAGGCUUGUGGCAGGCUCCUUGGCUGGAGCCAUUGCCCAGAGCAGUAUCUACCCAAUGGAGGUUCUGAAGACCCGGAUGGCCCUGCGGAAGACAGGCCAGUACUCGGGCAUGCUGGACUGUGCCAGGAGGAUCUUGGCUAAAGAGGGUGUAGCUGCCUUCUACAAAGGCUACAUCCCCAACAUGUUGGGGAUCAUUCCCUAUGCUGGCAUCGACCUAGCUGUCUAUGAGACACUGAAGAACACCUGGUUACAGCGCUAUGCAGUGAGCAGUGCAGACCCUGGUGUGUUCGUGCUCCUGGCCUGCGGCACUGUUUCCAGUACCUGUGGCCAGCUGGCCAGCUACCCACUGGCCUUGGUCAGGACCCGGAUGCAGGCACAAGCCUCCAUUGAGGGCGCGCCUGAGGUCACCAUGAGCAGCCUCUUCAAACAGAUUCUGCGGACUGAGGGGGCCUUUGGGCUCUACCGGGGGCUGGCCCCCAACUUCAUGAAGGUGAUUCCGGCUGUGAGCAUCAGCUACGUGGUGUACGAGAACCUGAAGAUCACUCUGGGCGUGCAGUCUCGGUGACGGGAGGGUGGUGGACUUGGUGAUCCUGGGCUCCAGCCCAGGAUGUGCAGCCAUCUCAUUCUGUGAAUGUGCCAACACUAAGCUGACUUACCCAAGCUGUGAAACCCAGGAUGCCCCAGGGGAGGGGCAGGGACUGGCAAGCUCUAGGCUGGUCCUGCUGACCUGGCAGACCCUUAUGUCCCUUCCAAGGAAGACCUGUGGACAUUCCUUGGAGUCCAGAGGUCAGUAGGAUGGGGGCUCCUGCACUUAGAGACAGGACGUUUCCUGCAGUGCCUGCCAGACAGUGAGCUUGGAGGCCAGCUUAGCUCUUCCAUCUCGUCCACGCAGCCAGCCGUCAGCCACCCUCCCUCUGGUCCAAAGAGCAUUCCUGUGCCCCUCAUGUCUUUCCCAUUGGUGUGCUGUGGUAGGAAGUGGGCCUGUCCCACUUCUUGUCCCUCUCCCUCAGUGCUGCUCCUCCAAACCUGUUUCCCAGGCUGCAGCAUCCUGUGGGCCUGUGGUACGGGAAGCUGAAGAAGUACCCUACAUCCUGGCCUCUUCUGAGCUCGCCAGCAAGGCUGCCUGGAUGUGCCCGGGUACUCAGGCACUGGCUGCCUGGCACCAUGGUGCAUGGCUUUGCUGAAAGCUAGUCUAGGACCUGGAUCCCAGAGGGUUUGUGCCGCCUGCAUGGGCCUAACGUCCUCCGAGCUGUCCCCAUCCCUGUCAGGACUGGUCCCACACUUACUGUUGCAUCCUGUGGUGUGAGGGUGAGGCAGGUAUCUGCCCCUUGUGUGCUGUCCUGAUGAGAAGGAAGCAUGCUGAAGGCCUUAACUAUGUCUCACUGGGGAAAGCACUCGGUUCAGAAGACGAGCCGGACACUGCUCAUGUGCCGCACUUCAGAGAAAGCAGGAAAGGUGGUUUGGCUGCUUUAAAGUCUGUUCAAAGGUCCUGUGGGCCGAGUGGGACCAGCCUCACAUUCCACACGGCGUAUCACACUGCUUGGAGCCUAUUUAUUUUGUAUUUAUUUGAACAGAGUUAUGUCCUAACUAUUUUUAUAGAUUUGUUUAAUUAAUAGCCUGUCAUUGUCAAGUUCAUUUUUUAUUCAUAUUUAUGUUCAUGGUUGAGUGUACCUUCCCAUUACCACCUGGUGGGGGGUGGGGAGACAAGAUGGAAAAGUGGCCACAGAGUGACCUUACCUGCUACCUACACAGACAGAAUGUCUGUCCAAAGAAAUUCCUCUCCCAACUGGAAACAGAAGGAAAGGCACAGGGAGGACCCUUGCUGUGGAGAGUAUCCCCUGGCGGGCCGGGUAGGGUAGCCGGAAAGGUGGCGUUUACCGUCCUUUCCUGGACUGAGAAUGUCUUUGUUUUGCCCUUUUGGAUUGGCAAGGCAGUGGGUGCUUCACUGGGAACUUGGUACACGGGCGAGGACUAGAGGGCCAGGUGGCCUGCCCCCCAACCUCUGACCCGGGCUCCCUCCUGGCCCACGGCUGCCCUUGCUCAGUGAGUGGUCAGCUGGCCACUUGGCAGUUGUGCCUCCAUUGUCCCAGAACAGCCUGAUGAGGAAAAUCCAAAUAGGAUGCAAAGAUCAAUGCAACAAUUACCGUUCUGCAUAGUCUAUCGCUGUAACUGGAGUUGUCCAAGGCAAGCAGCCUUCUAAUAAAGUUGCUUCAAUGUGA